CGUCUCCUUAUCUGCGAUAACGAACUCCCACUGGCACUGCUCCGAGUCCGACACUAAUGGCGGGGCCGGCAGCAGCGGUAGUAGCUGUGCUCGUGCUCGCCGCGGCGCACGGCGCGCUCAGCGAGUCGAGCCAUGUCGAUUUCGCGGGGGCCGUCGCGCGCGGCCGGACCCGCAGUGCGCCAGCGCCGUCGUCGUCCUGGCACGGCGGGAACAGCACGGCGCCGGCGCUGGAGGGGUGCGGGUGCGAGCCGACGCCGCCUCCAUGGAGGUUCCUUAACGAGAAGCUGAGGUCGCUGUACCCGGUGAUCCAGGCGUUCAAGCAGACGAUCACGUGCGACCCGCUGGGCGUGACGGCGACGUGGACGGGCACGGAGCUCUGCGACAGCUUCUUCAACGGCACCACCUACUACAAGGGCUUCUACUGCGACUACCCGCCGGACGCGCCGGGCGUGCUCACCGUGGCGUCCAUCGACUUCAACGGCUUCGGCCUGUGCGCGCCGUCGCUGGCCGGGUUCAUCGACGCGUUCCCGGACCUCGCCCUGUUCCACGCCAACUCCAACAACUUCUCGGGCGACGUGCCGGACCUGACCCACCUCCAGUACUUCUACGAGCUGGACCUAUCCAACAACAACUUCUCCGGCGCGUUCCCGGACUCCGUGGUGCCGCUGGGCGGGCUGCUGUUCCUGGACCUCCGCUUCAACCGGUACGCGGGGACCGUGCCGGCGCCGGUGUUCGCGCUCACCGUCGAGGCGCUGUUCCUCAACAACAACGGGUUCGGCGGCCGGAUCCCGGACACGUUCGGCAGCACGGGCGCGCAGUACCUGGUGGUGGCCAACAACCAGUUCACGGGUCCCAUCCCGCGGUCCAUCUACAACACGUCGGCGACGCUGUCGGAGGUGCUGUUCCUCAACAACCGCCUGUCCGGGUGCCUCCCCUACGAGGUGGGGCUGGUGGAGGGGCUCGCCGUGUUCGACGCCGGCGGGAACGAGAUCACCGGGCCGAUCCCGCUGUCGUUCGGCUGCCUCCGCGACGUCGAGGAGCUCAACCUGGCGAGCAACCAGCUGUACGGGCAGGUCCCCGACGUGCUGUGCCUGCUGGCGCGGAACGGGAAGCUCGGGAACCUCUCGCUGUCGGAGAACUUCUUCCACUCGGUGGGGCACCACUGCAUGGAGCUCGUGCGGAGCAGGGUGCUGGACGUGCGCCGCAACUGCAUCCUGGGGUUCCCCGACCAGCGGCCCCCGCUCGAGUGCGCGGCAUUCUACGCCGACCCCACCAAGCACUGCCCCUUCAUCCCGCACAUCCCCUGCGAUUUGCCUGGGUACAAGCCGCCGCAUCCGCAUGCCGCCGCCGAAGACGCGGCGCCGGCGCACGGCCAUCCUCACCAAGGCCAAGGUGGUGGGAACUGAUCCAUGCGCGCCGAAAGGGGUCGAUUCGUCGUCUCUUUGCCUUUGUGAUCGCAUGAUUUGAUCGCGUCGUGACGCGUGCGCCGCAUUUUGGGGAGAAAAUAAGUUCCACCGCUGCUCUCGUUGUGUUGUGUGGUGGUGUCGUGACAGUGGGGUUCAAGAAAAAGUCAAAUAAUUAACCGCCGUUUACCAAAGUCAAGUGUACGUGUACCAGUUAGGUUGUUCGUGAAUUCGUGACCGGCGCGCCGUCAAAGUAAAUACUAUAUGUAACCUGUCCAAUUGUCCA